AUGGCGCGCGCCAAGGAUGGGAGGCCCUCAACGUGCCCGCUGGAGCAGGGUGCCAGGCGCACCAGCCAGGUGGGGCAGGGCGCAGCGAAGUUCGCCAACCCCGAGAAGCCGAAGGAGAAGAUCCUCCGCAAGGACCUGUCCCGCAUCGGCCUGCUAGGCUGCGGCGGUUUCGGCACCGUGGAGCUGUAUGAGCACAAGGCCUCAGGUGAGACGUACGCCUUGAAGGGCCUCAGCAAGGGGUACAUCGUCAAGACGGGCAUGCAGGACAGCGUGAUGAACGAGAAGAACAUCUUGAUGAUGACGAACUCUCCCUUCAUCAUCAAGCUCCACGAGACGUACAACGGGGCGCAGUCCCUCUACUUCCUCCUGGAGCCCGCUCUCGGGGGCGAGCUGUAUGCCACCUACAACCGCAAGCGCUUCCACGGCAGCGAGACCCACGCCAAGUACUACGCGGCGGGCACCUGCCUCGCGUUCGAGCACCUGCACGAGCGCAGGACCGGCCUCUGGGGAUCGGCUUCGAAGUGA